UAAGAUGAUGAGGUGAAUCAAUUCUUGCGCCUUAAACACAACCAAACAUGGGAACCGACGCUCAAAACUUGAAGCAGGAAGAGAUUAUUUUCCGCAGUAAAUAUCCACCAGUUCAGGUUCCUGAUGAUGUAACGCUGCCGGAAUUUGUGCUUUCCAACGUGGAGUUGUAUCAGGACAAGGUAGCGUUUGUGGAUUCAGUCACCGGAAAAGGGUGUACUUAUGGGGAAGUGAGCAGAGAUGUGAAGAGAUUUUCCAGGGCCUUGAGGUCACUUGGGCUAAGGAAAGGCCGGGUCGUUGUGGUGCUCCUUCCAAAUGUGCCUGUUUACGCCACCAUUGCCCUUGGAAUCAUGGCAGCCGGAGGAAUUUUCUCUGGUGCAAACCCGAGUGCUCAUGCAUCAGAAAUCAAGAAGCAAGCUGAGGCUGCUGAUGCCAAGCUCGUUGUGACUGAUGGAUCGACCUAUCAUAAGGUGAAAGAUCUGGGAUUGCCAGUUAUAAUACAUGGCGAAGACCGCGUGGAGGGAACUAUAUACUGGGAUGAACUUCUUGAGGCAGCUGACAAGGCCAGCGCUGAUACUACUGAUGAUAAGGUGCAGCAAACUGAUAUAUGCGCACUCCCCUUCUCAUCAGGGACGACAGGUCUAUCGAAGGGAGUGAUGCUUACUCACCGGAACUUGGUGGCUAAUCUCUGCUCCAGCCUCUUCAGCGUAGGCCCAGAAUUGGUGGGACAAAUCACUAUACUGGGCUUGAUACCGUUUUUCCACAUAUACGGGCUGACUGGAAUCUGCUGUGCCACCAUCAGAAACAAGGGGAAAGUGGUGGUGAUGCGUCGGUAUGAACUCCGGGCAUUUCUCAAAGCCCUGAUCACUCACCAAGUCACAUUUGCACCUAUCGUCCCACCCAUUGUAUUAGGAUUGGUCAAGAACCCGAUAGUGGAUGAAUUUGAUCUCAGCAAGCUGAGGCUGAGGUCCAUCAUGACUGCUGCAGCCCCCCUCGCCCCUGAAAUUCUUAAUGAGUUUGAGAAGAAGUUCCCUGGGGUUGAGGUCCAAGAGGCGUAUGGAAUGACUGAGCAUAGCUGCAUUACCCUGACUCAUGGGGAUCCAAACAAGGGACAUGGGAUUGCAAAGAAGAAUUCAGUGGGAUUUAUCCUUCCAAAUUUGGAGGUGAAGUUUGUCGAUCCUGAGUCGGGUAAAUCGCUUCCCAAGAACACUCCAGGAGAAAUAUGCGUCAGGAGCCAAUGUGUGAUGAAAGGAUACUACAAGAAUGAGCAUGAGACGACCCUCACCAUCGACAAAGAUGGGUGGCUUCAUACAGGCGACAUUGGCUAUAUCGAUGAUGAUGAAGAUGUUUUCAUCGUCGAUCGAAUCAAGGAGUUGAUCAAAUACAAAGGGUUCCAGGUUGCUCCAGCUGAAUUAGAGGCAAUCCUUCUAAGUCAUCCUUCAGUUGAAGAUGCAGCGGUUGUGGGGAUACCUGACGACGAAGCAGGAGAGAUACCAGCCGCAUGUGUAGUGAUGAACAACAAAGCAAAAGAAAGUGAAGAGGAUAUGAUGGGCUAUGUUUCAUCUAAUGUGGCCAGCUACAAAAGAGUGAGAGUACUGCAAUUUGUUGAUGCUAUCCCAAAAUCACCUUCGGGGAAGAUUAUGAGAAGGCUUAUCAAAGAAAACAUGGUGAAAACGCUCUAGAUCAAAUAAUGAUUUCUCACCUCAUGUCCUUGAAAUCGAGUGCGUCUCUGAUGACAGCUAGACUGUUAUGUUGAAGACUUUGAAUUAUGAACUUACUUUCUAGCA